AACAAAGCCCCCACAGAUGAAAUUAUUUAGGAACCCCUGGGUAGAGUGGCCUCCAGCUGAGAAGGAUGAUUCCUGGACAGCGUGGCCUCGAUUCUUCUUGUCAAUGACAGGGACAAGCAUUUGUUUAUAAGGAAUAGGAGAGAAGUUAAUGUGGCAAUCACAGGAGCAUCCCCAGCGGUACUUGAGAACACAGGGGACUCGAAAUACAGAAGCGGUAACCUUGCUUCUUGAUGUGAAGCGGCAGAGUGGGUUGACCUCAGCAAGACAGAUGCCAGUGGAAGAUUCAAAUACAAUACAGCAGAGACAUUCCUGCUGACUUAGAAGAUAGAAGCAGCCAAACUGUGAGAGGGCCAUAUGGCUGCAGAGGGAGAUCUCUCUGGAAGCUAAGGGUGACAGCUGGAUCCAAGGAGUUAAGUGACUUACAGCGUGACCCGCCUGCCCACUGUUCUGCUGGCCCUGUGGGAGAUGACUUGUUCCAUUGGCAAGCAACUAUUAUGGGGCCUCCUGACAGCGCCUAUCAAGGUGGAGUCUUCUUCCUCACUGUGCAUUUUCCAACAGACUAUCCUUUUAAGCCACCAAAGAUUGCUUUCACAACAAAAAUUUACCAUCCAAAUAUAAACAGUAAUGGCAGUAUUUGUCUCGACAUCCUGAGGUCACAGUGGUCGCCAGCUCUCACUGUAUCAAAAGUUUUAUUGUCCAUAUGUUCUCUACUUUGUGAUCCUAAUCCAGAUGAUCCGUUAGUACCAGAUAUUGCACAAAUCUAUAAAUCAGACAAAGAAAAAUACAACAGACAUGCAAGAGAAUGGACUCAGAAAUAUGCAAUGUAAAAUGAAAAAAAUUUUUCAUAAACCAGAGUACUGUAAAAUCUAGGUUUUUUUCAACAUUAGCAGUAAAUUGAGCACUGUUUACUGUUUCAUUGUACCAUGAAACUUUUUGAUUUUUACCCAUCGUAAGUGUGUUUCUGAAGCAAGACAAAACAAACUUCCAAAAAUAUCCAUAAGACUGUGAUGAGAGCAUUUAUCAUUUUGUAUGCAUUGAGAGACAUUUAUUAUGGUAUUUAAGAUACGUGGACACCCUACAUCUUCAGCUUACAAGAUCUACAAUGCAGCUGAAAAGCAACCAAAUUAUUUUUUGCUGAAACUAGAUGUUUUUACAUGAGAAAUACUGUAUGUGUUGUCUAAGAUGUCGUCACUUUUAUAAAUCUGUAUUCAGAUUUCAUUCUUUGUUAGUUCACUUUAUAAUUUGUAUUUUUUUACUGUAUAGACUAAAUAUAUUCUAUUUACAUGUAUGUCAACUCAUUACUUUUUUCCUGUGAACAGUAUUGAAAAAACCCAACAGCUGAUAAAUGAAUUAACUGUGUCUGCCAUGUCUUAGGAUUUUGUGUAGAUUGAUCGCAGAUUUCUUAAACCUGAAAUGAAAUGAUCUUUACACUGUAAUUCUCAGUAUACUGAUUAUGGAGAAACACUUGUUUUGAUUUUGUUAUACUUGACUUAACUUUAUUGCAAUGUGAAUUAAUUGCACUGCUAAGUAGGAAGAUGUAUAACUUUUAUUUGUUGCUAUUCACAUUUGAAUUUUUUCUGUAUAGGCAAUGUUAUAUUGACACCUUUUACAGAUCUUAAUGUAGCUUUUCCAUAUAAAUAAAAUGCUUUUUCUACUAUUUGUCUUGAUUACUUAAAAAAGUGAAAAUUACUUUAUAAGUAAGGA